ACUUUAGUAAUUAAGCUUUAAUAUUAAUUUUUCCAAAAUGGAGUUCCCAGUAGAGGGGAGAGCAAGCGCAAAGAAAUUCCUUGAAUACUUCCUAUCCAAGAACAGCUUUCCGGCCUCCCUGGAGGACGCUGUACCCGUACAGCCUCCCUCCACAAACGGACGGGGAGUGAGAGAGACGGAGGUAGAAGCGGAAUGCAUGAACAUGUGCAGGAAUUUACUUGCUGGAUGCUCCUGCCCUGGUCUACUCAAUUAUAAUAUAACAUGUGCUGCUAUACAGGAAUUAAUGGGUGGGUCCCUAGAGGAAUAUCGUCUAAAGAAAGAGAGUCCUGACGAGGAACAAGAGACCGAAAAGAUGUACAGUGAGGGUCUAUUAGCAGUAGCUACAGUUCGGGCAGCUCACACAGUUUGCCAGAGGUGGGCGGAGUCUUUGGGUCCUCUCACUUGUCCUCGGAGCAGACCUGACUUCUCUGCUUUCUGCAUGAAGAACAAAAGACGCAAGAUGGAGGACAGACAUUCUAUUUGUCUUGAUAUUAAUACGCUGUAUGGGAUAAAGGGUUUCGCUCAUGACCAAACAUUUUUUGGCGUGUACGAUGGUCACGUGGGGCCUGAAGCAGCUGACUAUUCUUCCAGACACGUUCAUCACAACAUUAUAAGACACCCUUCCUUUAUAACUGACCCUGUACUGGCUAUAAAGGAAGGCAUAAAGGUGACAGAUGAAAGGUUCUGCUCUACUGGUUUCAAAUCUGGAUCCACAGCCGUCGUUGCCCUGAUACGAGGACCGAUGCUUUAUGUGGGUUGGGUCGGGGAUUCACAAGCUUAUCUUGUGAGGAAAGGAGUAGCCGUCCAAAUAAUGGAGCCACACAAACCUGACAGAGAAGAUGAGCAGCAGCGUAUAGAAGCAGCAGGUGGUCUAGUCAUUAACAUUGGAGUAUGGAGAGUGAACGGUAACCUUUCGGUCUCACGAGCCAUUGGAGAUCCCAAGGACAAGAAAUACGUGAUAGGAGACGCAGAAGUAUCCGAGAUAGAACUAGACGGGACUGAGGACUAUCUUGUGGUCGCUUGCGACGGGAUUUGGGAUGUUGUGAACGAGGAAGAACUCACGAGCCAUUUGGAGGAGUAUUUUAUAAAAGGAGGUACCAAAUCUGACGCUGCCAAGUCCCUAGUUCAGUUUGCGUACAGUGAAGGAUCUGGUGAUAAUCUGACGGCCAUAAUAGUCUUCUUUGAUAGUUUUAAGAUACCUGUGAAACCGGAAAAUGUGUCUGGAACUGAGACUGGUUCUGCUGGGACUGAGACCGGUUCUUCCAAGACUGAGACCGGUUCUGCCAAGACUGAGACCAGUUCUGCUGGAACUGAGACUGAUUCUGCUGGAACUGAGACUGAUUCUGCUGGGAAUGGGAAUGGAAUUAAGACCAGUUCUGCUGGGACUGACUCUACAUCUUCGGAUAAUAAUUAAGCGUCUCCUAUGGCAACCACCAUCCUCCCUUUGAAUAUUUAAUUGAGUGAUAACUAAUAAGAUUUUGUGUGAAUGUGUGUUUAAAGAGAGUGACUAAAAUUAUUAUUAUUAUUAUUAUUAUUAUU